AUGGCACGACUGAACAUGGCUGGAGAUCCGGGGGACGCGCCGGAGGUGGGGGAAGGUGGCAUACGCUCCGUGCUCACCAUGGGCUCGCUCGUCGCUCCCUCCGGGAACGAGGUUCAGUUUGCAGAGAUCGACGGCAAGAUCAUCGGCCUCUACUUCGCGGCGAACUGGUACCCGAAAUGCGAGGCUUUCACCCCGGUGCUGGGCGCGGCCUACGAGCAGCUCAAGGAGCGCGGCGCCGGCUUCGAGGUCGUGCUGGUGUCGUGCGACGAGGACCGGCCGUCGUUCGAGCGGUUCCACCGAACCAUGCCGUGGCCCGCCGUGCCUUUCGGCGACCUCCGCUGCAAGAAGCGCCUCAGCGAGAGGUUCCAGGUGGAGGGCAUCCCACGCCUGGUGGUGCUCGCUCCGGACGGCGCGGUUGUUCACCCGGACGCCGCCGACCUCGUGCACCGCUACGGCGAGCGGGCGUUCCCGUUCACGGCCGCGAGGGUGGCGGAGCUGGAGGCAGAUGACCAGCGCAAGUACGCGUCCCAGACGCUGGAGAAGCUCUUCUCCAUCAACGGGAAAGAGUACUUGAACGGUGGCAAUGGACAGGUCCCGAUCUCGAGCCUGGUGGGGAAGACGGUGGGGCUCUACUUCUCCGCUAACCAUUGCGCGCCGUGCAUCAAGUUCACCACGAAGCUGGCGGCCAUCUACAGCAGCCUCAGGGUCAACGCGGAGGACUUCGAGAUCGUGUACGUCCCCAUGGACAGGGAGGAGGACGGGUACCUGCGCUCCUGCAGCGACAUGCCGUGGCUCGCGCUCCCCUACGACGGCGUGCCGUCGCGCGCGCUGGCGAGGUACUUCGACGUGCGGGAGAUCCCGACGCUGGUGGUGGUCGGGCCCGACGGCAAGACGGUGACGCGGGACGGCCGCAACCUGGUGAACCUCUACUUCGACAUGGCGUUCCCGUUCACGGACGCGCACAUCAGGCUGCUGCAGGAGGCGGAGGACGAGGCGGCCAAGGAGUACCCGCAGUCGCUGCGCCACCGGGGCCACCGCCACGAGCUCAGCAUCGUGUCGGAGAAGUCCGGGGGAGGACCCUACAUCUGCUGCGAGUGCGAGGAGCAGGGGCUCGGCUGGGCGUACCAGUGCAUCGCCUGCGGCUACGAGAUACACCUCAGGUGCGGCCAGAAUGCGGAGGGCGGCAGCGCAGGAACUGCUUAG